AAAACGGAAUUCAGAAAGCAGCAACUACCACCAGAUCAUUUGUGGAGUUUACAACAGGACAGACAAGACAGGACAAGACAGUGCAAAAUGAGAGAUGCUACAAUGACAGCAGUGGUGCUGGCCCGCCUGGCGUGAUGAGUCGCAGCAGCCCCUGUUUGUGGACGCCCCUCCCCCAGGCUGAGGCCUCACCAUGUGACCGCUACAAGCACGCCUGCUGCACCUACCAGGGGGAUGUGUAUGUCCUGGGGGGCCGCAGCACCCACUGCCUGCGGGACUUCUGGAGCUACAGCGUGGUGCGUAACGAGUGGACACAGUUGCCAUGCAAAGGUGAAGCGGCACCAGAGGAGCUGGAGGAACACUCUAUGGUGGCCCACGAGGGCUUCCUGUACGCGUUCGGGGGGACCCUGGACGGUGCGUACACAGGUUGGGGGUGUCCACUGUGGGUGUUUGACUUGGGGAAGAACAAAUGGGUCCACUGGCAGGGAAAGAAGACUGUUUGUCGGAUACCGACCAACAGGAAGAGCCACAGUGCAGUGGUGUUUGGUUCCUCCAUGUUCGUCUACGGAGGCUACGUCGACAUGAGGGGCUCCUCGCAGGAGUUCUGGAGAUUAGAUUUUGACUCCAUGUGCUGGUCUCUGCUGGGCGGGGAUCAGCAGUCUGGCCCGGGCCCCAGACACAGUCACUGUGCCGUGGCCCACCAGGAGACCAUGUACCUGUACGGUGGCCUGAGGGGCCUGCGAGAGCAGAGGGACUUCUGGAGCUGGAACUCGGGCAGUCGCUCCUGGUGCUGUCUCAAGACCACCUCCGGUCCUUCCAGGCUAGUGGGCCACACCGCGGUGGCCUACAGGGAUGGCCUGCUCCUGUACGGCGGGGGUCAGAGCCUGAACUCCCCCCUCAACUCACUGUGGAGGUACAGCUUCCGGAGCCAGUCCUGGGAGCGCCUGGCCCUGCUGCUCGGCUCCACUAGCCCUCCUGCCCGGAUCCACCACUGCUGCCUGGGGCUGGGGCCAAGCUACCAGCCCACCACCAGCCGAGGGUCCCCCCUCCCCAGAGUGGAAACCAAACCCAGGCCCUUCAAGAACAAGUGCUUCCCCUCCCCGCUGUCUUACCUGGGGACGCAACCAGAGGGCGCCAUCGAGCUGGAGACUUUUGAGAGAACAGAGAACGGUUUGACCAUGCGCUGUCCUGUCGGAGAGGGGAAACAAAACUGUCUGACUUUUGAGAACCAGGCGUUCUGCAACCGCUGGAGCUGCGAGGACAUGGAUGAGAACUGUGAAGGAGAGGACCUAGAGGAAAUGAUGAAGGAUGUCAUUGUCCAGAACCUUCCGGACCUUCUGCUGCUCCUUGGCGGGAAGCCCUUGGGCCAGCAGGCAGCCUUGUCCGUGUGGCAGAUGACCCUGACCGAACCCUAAAUGCACCCCUACUCAGGUGGCCCUUGUAAAGCAAGAACAAAUAAAUCGUUGUUUUGUUGAUUUCUUUUCAAAUAUAAUUGUUCAAUUAUUUAACAAAAGGUACACCUGGUUGGAAGAAGAAAUAACACAUACACCCCACCUCUCUUGCUCUUGCUGCAUGUGUUCUCAUCAGCCAAUGAUAAAUCCAAUCACUAAUGAGCAUGAGACUUGGUCUUGAAGGACUCAAAUUGGCAGUUUCGGAUAUAACUUUGAAUAAUCGAUCUCCAUUCUAACCUAAUUUUCUUGACCUCGAUGAAAAACAUUUAAAGUUCAAGAAAGAUGUGAAGGAGAAUCCAUGAGGACUUGGGAAAAGACUUACAUUAGGCUGCGUAAUUAUGCAAAAGCAGAUGUUGUGGAGUUGGGUCUGCCGUGAUGAAUCCACAAGGUUUCAAAGAUGGAUUUAAAAAAACUCAUCGAUACUGAGCCUGUGUGCUUUUAAUGUUGUGGUUUCGUACAGGCUAUAUAUACGUAUAUAAUUAAAAAUAAGUAAAUAUUACAUCUUUACCAUGGUUGGAAUUGAAAUAAAGAAAGGAAUAUAGGGCGCCAGUCACAAAAUGGAAACAAAUUGGAUGCCACACGCUCACCCUCCUGUCCACACAUUUAUCGACAGGAAUCCAAAUUAUGAUUGUAUGAGAAUAAUUGUUGGUCAUGUUGAUAGUUUGUUUUCAUGAACAGCUGAACGGUGUUGCUUUAUAAUUUGCUGCCCCAAGGAAUUGUGGGAGAACAUUCCCUCCUUCCCUUUUGUAAAGGAUGUUUCAGUGCACCCUAUGCAAAAGGAGAUAAGAAACAAAGCAUCAAAACACCUUUCCUUCACACAGCUCUAUCAUUGCUGCCUCUCAGGUACGUCCAGGUCGUUUCACUUAGUUAGGAACCUUCCAGAGCAUAAAAAAAGACUAUUCGACCACAGCAAUGGUUUGUACAUUUUUGACCAAUUGUUUGUUUUGUCCCCGCCUUACAUCAUUGUUCUUAUUUAUGAACAGCUUUGGUCUUUGAAUAUGUAACGAUGGAUUUGAGUAGGACAGGAUUUAACUACAUUUUUUUUUGUAAUAUAUUUAAACACAUGCAUCAACCAACAAGGUGUCACUAUUAUGUUACAAGGCAGUGUGUGAAUCUAAUAUGUUAAUUAUCAUUGUAUUAAAAACCCUAUAGUAUUGAAA